AUGAAACGAAGGGCUGAAGAUAUGGCCAAGCAUUUAUCAAAGAAGAAGAAGACAAAGAAACGAAAGUUUGUUAUUCUAACAGAAUCUUCUGAAGACGAAGAAGUGAUUGAAACUCCUGAAGCUACUCCUAUCAUAGAACCUUCAUCUCCUAAGAAGACUACAGUUAUACCACUCGGAGUUUCAUCUGCUAAGUCAUUUCAUGAGGAGGCACGAACUUCAGACAUCCCUACACACAUAUCUGAUACAGAUGUAAAUGUCACUAUGGGUGAAGGAGAUUUACACAAAGAAGCCCCAAAAUCAGUUCAUGGUACUCCUGUUAUUCUUCCUAUCGAAACUAUCACUAGUACUUCUAUUUCUCUACCUCCACAUAUCAUACCCAAUACUUCAUCCACUGAUUCACCCACCUUUGAAAAUAUCAUCAAUCAACCUUUCACCACUAUUUUCUCAUCACAAUCUACUAAUCCACCACAACCCAUGGAAGAAUCUGAGAAUGAAGAGACGGAGGUUUUGGAGGAACUUUCGAAGCCUUAG